UCAAAUUUAACAGGAUCCCAUUCUUUGCUUCAGUGUGAAGAGUAGAAAGAAGGAAGGAGGAAAGGGGCAUCGGAGAGAGAGAAAGAAAAAAGAUGAGCGGUGGUCGACUUUGUACAUUGCUUGGAGAAUUAGGGUACGAAGGCUGGGAAGCAUUGGACCCUGACAGCUUCGAAUGGCCCUUUCAGUACGAAGAUACUCGCCCUCUUCUCCACUGGAUCUGCUCCAAUCUUCGCCCCUCCAACGUCCUCUCUCUCGGAGAACUCAACCAGUAUGAGCAGUUCAAGCAAGAAGGGAAGCUGUUAGAGGGCGAGGAUUUGGACUUUGCUUACGACAGCAUCUCUGCAUUCUCUGAUAGGAGAGACAAUCAGGAGGCCGUUUUUGGCACCGAGGAAGGAUUGAAAGAUAUCAAGGAGGCGACUUUGGCGUAUAGAGAGGAGGCUUUGGCCUUGCAGAGGCAGCUGAGGCAUCUGCAAUCUCAGUUUGACAUGCUUUCGGGCCAGGCCUCCACCUUGACACAAGGAAGGCGAGCACGCCUUGCUGCAACCUCUAUUGUUAAUGGACACCUUGCUAAUAUAGAUGAUAGCCUUUCUGUCAGGAAUUUACAGAUGAAUGGCGUUCUUGAAAGAAUUGCUUCCACAGCGCAUGAGUUGGCUCAUUACCAUUCAGGAGAUGAAGAUGAUAUAUAUUUGGCAUACUCAGAUUUCAAUCAAUUCUUGCUUGGAGAUUCAUCUUGUCUAAAAGAGCUAAAUCAGUGGUUUGCUAAGCAACUGGACACAGGUCCAUUUCGACUUGUUGCUGAGGAGGGGAAAUCUAAAUGCUCUUGGGUGAAUCUUGAUGACAUCUCAAAUACCUAUGUUAGAGCAGAUUUGGAAAAAUCACAUCAUCAACGUGUAUCUGAGUUGCGACGGCUUCGCUCAAUAUUUGGAGUAAGUGAAAAACAAUGGGUUGAAGCACAGGUCGAGAAUGCCAAGCAGCAGGCUAUUUUAAUGACACUUAAAUCACAAGUAUCAUCAGAUGAAGCUCAUAUUCAUCUUGAUCUUCAUUCUCUUAGGAGAAAGCAUUCUGAAUUGAAAGGAGAACUUUCAAAUCUUUAUAACCAUGAAGAAAAGCUGCUAUCAGAGACUAUUUCAGAUUUAUGCUGGGAGCUAGCUCAACUCCAAGACACAUACAUUUUACAAGGUGAUUAUGAUUUGAAGGUCAUGCGCCAAGAGUACUACAUUAAUCGGCAGAAAGCAUUCAUAAACCAUCUCAUCAAUCUGCUUGCCAGGCAUCAGUUCUUAAAGAUGGCUUGCCAAUUGGAAAAGAAGCACAUGCUUGGAGCAUUUUCGUUGCUCAAGGUUAUUGAGUCUGAGCUGCAAGCAUACUUGUCUGCAACUGAGGGCCGAGUGGGUCGUUGCCUGGCCCUUAUCCAAGCUGCAUCCGAUGUUCAAGAACAAGGAGGAGUUCAUGACAGUGAUCAUUUUUUGCAUGCUAUUAGAGACAUGCUAAAAAUUUAUUCAAAUACUCAAGCUCAAGCUACACUGUCCACAUAUGUAUCAGCUCCUGGCAUUGUCCAACAGAUAUCAGCUCUUCAUUCAGAUUUGUUGAGCCUUCAGUCGGACCUUGAGAAUUCUCUUCCAGAAGACAGAAAUAGGUGUAUUAAUGAACUGCGCAAUCUUAUUAAAAAUCUGCAGAAACUGCUCUUUGCAUCUUCAACAACAGCACAGCCAAUACUGACCCCUCGGCCAUUAAUGAAAGAGCUUGAUGAAAUGGAAAAGAUUAACGCAAAGCUGUCUGUUGCUGUUGAAGAGGUGACACUAGAGCAUGUAAAGAAGAAUGAGAUUGUGAAACAUCAUAAACAAGAAAUUGGACUUCAAAGGCGAGUUUUUGUUGAUUUCUUCUGCAAUCCUGAGCGAUUAAGGAGCCAAGUUAGGGAUCUGACUGAUCGUGUCAGAGCUAUGCAAAUUUCGUAGCAAUCAUAAUUUUUUUUUUUGUCCAGUUUACUCAAGUGUUUUAACAUUUCAUGCCUCCGAACCUGUGGACGAACGUUAGUAAGGAGCGUUGGCUAAGAUAUAGACCAGGCACUUGGAGAACAAAAUUUGCAACAAUAUUCUUUCCUUUUUUCCCCUAUUAAAAAGGAAGCAAUCAAAAACUUUAUUCUGGUUGUCUAGAUAUUUGUAAGUGUAUGUUGAUCAUCUCCCUAUGAAGUUGGAAUUCCUUUUCUUUACAUGUGCAAAUCAACUAGUACAUCACAUAUAUGUGUACAUAAAAAUCUUUAUAUUCAAGGAAUUGGCAUGUGCCGCUUGACACGAGUGAUUGAUAAGUUAGUUCUCAAGCUAUAUUCGCAUGAAAGUAAUGAAAAAUUUAUCAACUAUAGCUACCAUAAUAGCUAAGUGCUUCACUUGUAAUUCAGAGAAUCCUUGUUCCCCAUUAGACCUUAGCUUCGAGGGAACAUUUGGAGUGCUCUCAAAAUUAUUCAUACAUUCUUCACCUUCACGGCAUAUUGUUCUUUCUUUAACAAGGACAAGAAGUGGCACGUGAUAAGAACGCAAUCGGA